GACGGGUGAUAGCUCGGUAUCGCCACAUCCCCAGCGGCGCACUGCUCUCUUCUACCCACUCACUGCAACUCACUCACCCACUGCACUCCGUCACACGUUCCUCAGUUCUGCCCGCAGCCCGCGACUUUUCGCAUCAGCUGGACUUUAAAAAAAAGAGACAAUCGUUCGCGAACUGUUGCACCGUGCCGUGGUUUCUGCGUUUGGUUUUGUGCACCUGGAGGUUGAACUCGUGGCGAGAUUCGAAGAUCUUCUAAAUUAAAGGUCGCGUCACCCCUGUCUACAAAGCAACAAUCAUCUCUCGAGCAUCUCAUCUUGUGCAACGCAGGUACGAAUAGAGAAAUUGAAAUUUGAUGGUCGUUUCAUGUGUCUAAGCGAUUGAUCUGCUUCACCGAACUGCACAUCACAACCUCUGCUAGGUACGAUCGGGCAGCAUGAGGCCGGCAAGAUAGAGAGCUUGCAGGGUCGGUCGAACGCAGGCGCCAUGGACGGAGGCCGGAGAGCCCGCAGCAGCAGCGGGGGCAGUGCCAGCGUCGCCGCGUCGGCAGCCAACACAGCGACCGCCGGCAGACUUCGGAGGCAACGGAGCCGCGAGUGGCGCGACCGUCAGUACAGCACCUCUGAGGAGGAAGGCGCACCACCAUCUGCCAUCAUCAACGCCAGCACCAACGUGCCCAGGAACAAGACUCAGAGGACCAGUCCCACGCCAGCCGUCUACAGCACGGCCACUAACUCCGUCUACGCAGCAACUCCACAAACAAACGGAAUUUACCGCACCGGCUCGCAACUGAGCACCAACUCAGACACAGAAGUGACGGACAACCCGACGUCACCCUUUCCCACGCCGCCGGCGUCCUCGUCACCGGUCAACGCCGUCAUGUACUCUUCGGCGGCCAUGGCGGCCAACGCGCCUCGCCAGAGCUCUCCCUACCCUCUGGAGAACACAAUGGCCGGCGCCAGUCCCCGCGGGGGCAGUCUGUCUAGCGGCGCCGGCAUCUACGCGGAGCCGACCCCGCCGCCGAGUCAGCAGCAGCGCUUCCUCAACCGCCACUACAACAAACAGCCCAAGAGCGGCUCCAACUCGGUCAAACAGAACUCGAGCGGCGCCUCCCAAGGCUCUCUGCAGAGCUCCAGGGGCAGGGUGUCCGGCAACCGCAGCAGGACGGGCGGCACCUCCACCUCGUCCUCGGACAAUAUGUCCGAUGCCACCUACCCUGAAGACAUGGUCAAGGACAACCGUUUGCACCUUGACAGUGACAUGCCCGACUCGCCACCCGAGCCAGCCCCUCCGGAGGUCCCGGCGCGAGGCCCUUCGCUGGCCAACGGAGGUUCCACUUUGCGCCAACUCAGGGGCUACGCGGCCUCGCCCGAGUCGCCAGGCAACUGCGAAAACGAGUCCGAGAUCUCGGCCGGCUAUCACACGGCCACCCCCUCGGCCAAUAACUGCAUUUUCUUGCAAGGUGAAUACCACGGCUUGGAGCUGUUGAAUGGCGGCGUCGGUAAGGGCGGCGGCACCCAGAGCAACGCACAGGCCGCGGUUUACGAAUACCUGAUGUCAGGUAGUCCACGCACCUACCCGGCCAAGUCGCCCAAAUCACCGAUGGGCCCUGGUGGGAUGAUGGGCGGCAAGGACUUCAUGCAGCCGGACGGACUGAGUAGCAGCAAAACUAACACCCUCAGCAGCCAGCACCGAUUGGCACAACAACAGCAGAUGACCGUGGGUCCGGGGUCGGCGCCGUGCGCGAUGCCCGUGUUCCCGACAAGCAGGGGCAGCAACGGCGGCAACGGCAUCAGCGGCGCGCCCGCCCACCUGGUCACCCACGGGCCGACGACGGCCUCGGCGUCCUACUCUCCAUACUCGCCUUCCCGAUUUCAUAUUGAUAAACGAUGCCAGCAUCGGUGCUCGUGGAAAUGUGCCAGCAUCGCGCUCAUCCCCUUAGUCUUAGCUCUCACCGCCAUGUUGGCUUAUUUUGCAGCUGUAAACUCGAUGAGGAGCGGCAUAGAAAGCACAGGUUGUAUACUGGUCGAGGACGCCAAGGCUGCGUCUUUGGACGAAGAUCCGUCCCGCGAAGUCACGUCGUCGCAAGUGCCGACGGAAGAAUCGAUGCCAACAAGCACAGCGUCAGCGCGAGGUCUGGGAACGGGCAGUGCGGUGACGGGCGGGGGCGGUGGAGGCGGCAUAACUUCCGGCGCCGCUCCCGCCUCCAGCGAGCAGCUGCCCAUCUUGGAAAUGCGCGAAUUAGGCAAAGCGCACACGUCGCAAAUCCCUCCGUACAGCUUCUGGAAUUCCGAGUUCAGGAACAAACAGCCGGCGUUCAUCCGCUUCAACUUCUCGAUGCCGUGGGGAGCCAACUUUGCCGUCUACGGCCGCAGGAAUGUGGCACCUAGUGUGACGCAGUACGACUUUGUCGAGUUCAUCAAGGGCGGACGCGUGGACAGGCUGAAGAGGAGCCUCGACAGCCAGGACACCGCUGUCACAUUCACCACACACAAAUGGCACAUGACAUCUUUUGGCGACGGCACAAAAGUUGAGGCUCCACCCCUGGUUGUUGACCAUGACCAGCUGAUUCCUGCCACCUCCGAGUCGCCCCCAACAGUGGCCGCCCUCGGCAGAGAAAAGCGUUCUGCUCUGGCCAUGCAAGGAAUGAUGGUGAACGUGAGUCUCCUGCAGUAUCUGGACACCGGUCGCUGGUUCAUGAGCAUCUACAACGACGACUCGAAGCAGCAGCAGGUCAGCAUGGUGGUCGGCGAGGCGGACGGAGUGUCCACCACCUGUCCGAACGACUGCAGUGGACACGGCAGCUGCUACCUUGGCAAGUGUGACUGCAUUGAUGGAUACGAAGGCGCCGACUGCUCCAAAAGCGUUUGCCCGGUCCUGUGCUCGAACCACGGUCGGUACGGCGGCGGAAUGUGCCACUGCGAGGAGGGCUGGAAAGGAGCGGAAUGCGACGUACCGGAACACGACUGCGAAACACCGGAUUGUUCUGGUCACGGACAAUGCCUCGGCGGUGUCUGCGUCUGUCACACGGGCUGGAAGGGCGUUUCCUGCGAGCAAGUUGAGUGUCCCGACCCGACGUGCUCGAACCACGGAUCAUGUGUCGCCGGACGUUGCUACUGCAAAGCAGGUUGGCAGGGCGUCAACUGCUCUGCACUGGACCAACAAGUCUAUCAGUGUCUGCCCGGCUGCAACGACCACGGCUCGUAUGACCUGGAGAGUGGCGCCUGCAUCUGCGACAACUUUUGGACCGGGAUCGACUGCUCCGAAGCCCUGUGCAGCUUAGAUUGUGGUCCUCACGGUCGCUGCGACAAAGGCAAGUGCGAGUGCGACGAUGGUUGGACUGGUGACAGAUGCGACCUCCUACCCUGUGACCCGAGAUGUGCUGAACAUGGGCAAUGUAAAAACGGAACCUGCGUUUGCUCUCAAGGAUGGAACGGACGUCACUGCACUCUGCCUGGAUGCAAAAACGCGUGCAACCGGCACGGAACAUGCGCCAUGGCCGAAGGCGUGUACCGGUGCGAGUGCUCGGACGGCUGGGCCGGAAGUGACUGUAGCAUCCGGCUGGAGAAGGAGUGCAACGACCAGAUUGACAACGACGAGGACAACCUGACCGACUGCGCGGACAGCGAGUGCUGCGCCCUGCCCAGGUGCAAGGAGAACCUCUACUGCCAGUCGUCCAACGACCCUGUGGAGGUGCUUUUGCGAAAGCAGCCGCCCUCCGUCACCGCCUCCUUCUACCAACGCGUCAAAUUCCUGAUCGAGGAAAACUCGGUGCAGGUCUACGCCCCGAUGGAAGCGUUCAGCGAGAGUCAGUUCUGGAACUCGUUCAUUCCUCGCCGAGUUGCGGUGAUUCGAGGCCAAGUUUUGUCGCCGCAAGGAUUGGGAAUCAUCGGCGUCCGCGUCAACAUUGACUCGAAAAACAAAAACGGAUUCACGUUGACCAGGCCUGGAGGAUGGUUUGACCUUUUGGUGAACGGUGGUGGUGCUGUGACCCUGCACUUCACACGCAUGCCCUUCCAGCCGGUCACGAUGACCCUUUUCUGCCCUUGGAACCAAAUAAUCGUGGCACCCGCCGUCACUCUGCAGUACAGCAACUCGACCGAGGACGCCAAUUUCAAGCGACGCAAAGGCAAGGGCGGAAAGCAGAGUCCAGCGAUGCCUCCACCCUCCGAAACGCCUGUGCCCGUCCAGCUGCCUCAAAGGUACUCACGACCUUGCGGCGAGCACGACCACAACCUCAUGAGUCCGGUCGUCGUUUCUACCUGGAUGCCGGACAAGGUUGGAGGGGCGUCUGGACAGAGUGCAGUUUUCAGCGAAACGCAGAUUUUGCAGGAAAGCAUCCCGAUUCCUGGUUCUGAAGUGCACCUCAUGUACCACAGCAGCCAAGCGUCAGGGUACUUGUCGAUCGCCCUGAUGCGUCUCACUCACGAAAAGAUUCCCCUGUCACUGCGCCUCGUCCACCUUCGGGUGAUCAUUGAAGGGUCCGUUUACGAGAAGGUCUUCGAGGCUGACCCCAACCUGACCUAUACUUUCGCUUGGAACAAACGCAAUGUUUACAAGCAGAAGGUGUACGGCGUGGCUGUGGCCAAGGUCUCGGUAGGGUACGAAUACAUCGGGUGUGCCAGCAUCAUUUGGGAGACGAGAACCGUCACCAUGCAGGGCUUUGACGUCGAAAUUUCAGGCGUGGGAGGAUGGAGUUUGGACAUUCACCAUCACUACAACUUCAAUGAAGGAAUCUUGCAAAAGGGCGACGGCUCCACCCUGCACUUCAAACGCUAUCCACGAACGGUUCAGGUUCUCUUGGGCAAUGGUUUGCAGCGCAACCUCGAGUGCAAGGAUUGCAACGGCCUGUCAAAAGACGCGCGGCUGCUGACCCCGGUGGCCCUGGCCUCCGGGGAGGACGGCAGUAUUUAUGUCGGGGACUUCAAUCUGGUGCGCAGAGUCACUCCUGAGGGACGCGUCUACACCGUGCUCAAGCUCAGUGCAACUCAGGUUUCUUAUCAGUACUACCUGAGCAUCUCACCUGCCGACGGUCACCUUUACGUGUCAAACCCUGAGAAGCACCAAAUUUUGCGCGUCAUUUCCUUGGAGGAAGUGAGCGACCCAAGUGUAAACUUUGAGUCAGCCGUCGGAUCCGGCGAGAGAUGCAUUCCUGGGGACGAAACCAACUGCGGAGACGAGGGGCCUGCCAAGGAUGCGAAACUCGCGCACCCCAAAGGGUUGACGAUAUCGGCUGACAAGACCAUGUACAUUGCGGACGGCACCAACAUCCGUAUUGUCGACACCAAGGGCAUAAUCCACACUCUGGUCGGCCACCAUGGCCACCACAACCACUGGAAACCCAUCCCCUGCCACGGCUCCAUUCCCGCACAGCAGGCUCAGCUCCAGUGGCCCACAGGCUUGGCGCUCAGCCCACUCGACGGCAGUCUCUAUUUCAUCGACGACCACCUCGUCCUGCGGCUCACUGACGACCUCAAAGUCAAGGUUGUGGCUGGAACUCCUCUGCACUGUCCGGCGGCCAAAGAACAAGUGGCCGAGGACGCAGAUGAGGAGGCGACGGCCACCCCACUUGGAUCCAUCCUCAGCAUAGCCUUCUCUCCUGAGGGCGACCUCUACAUCGCCGAGACGGACUCGCGUCGCGUGAACGCCAUUCGCUUGAUUGACCCCUCGGGCCGGAUCAUGGACUUUGCUGGAAGGCAGGCGACGCCGCGCUGCGAGUGUCCGCCCAAGCACGCGUUCUACAACGUCACCUGUGAGUGCACCCCGACGCCCAAGGCGCCUCCCGGCGCCGCCAGGGACACUGUCCUCUCGGCCAACGCGCAGUUCGAAUCGAUUUCAGCCAUGACAGUAUCACCCGACGGCGUUUUGCACGUCGCUGACCGCGGCAGCCUUCACAUCCUGUCACUGAUGCAUUACCUGCCCACCGCGGACACCAAUGGCGAUUUCCAUAUUCCCUACCCCACCUCAAAUGAGAUCUACAGUUUUAACAGAUACGGCCAGCAUGUGUUGACAAAGGACAUGACCUCGGGCAAGAUCAAGUACAAGUUUGGCUACAGCAAGAACACCAGUUUUGGCAAACUCUCAAAGGUGACUGACGGCGCGGAAAACAAGCUGCAGUUCCUGAGAGACUACUCCAACGUUGUUGGCACAAUUGAAAGCACACAGGAUCACAAGAGUGACCUUAUGAUCACCGGCGUUGGUUUCCUCACCAAACUGACCCAGGAAGAAGGACGCGCCGAGAUCGAUCUAGAAUACGACAGCACCACUGGGCUUCUCACCAGCAAAACUGACACCAAGGGCAACGCAUUCAUCUACAGAUAUGACGGAAAUGGACGACUGAGCCACGCAAUUCUUCCAACUGGCGAAACAAUGAAUUUCAAAUUCCAACUGCAAUCAGACCAAGGCGUAAUUGUAAAAGUCGGACAGAAUGACAGGCAGCCCGCGGAAUUGAGAAUGAGAGGGCCCGCAAAAGCCCUGGAAAUUAGCCACGCUGGCACGGUGAGCGAAUCUAAGGCGCUGAGUAAUGGCUCGUUUUGGAGCCGCGCCGGCUGGGGUGCCGAGCUGCACAGUGAGACUGGUGCGCAGCACCCACUGCUGAAGCUGACGAUGCCGGUCGAGGCUGAGAUGUUGCCCUUGGCAGCCAGCCAGAGUCUGAUCAUUGGAGAUGGCAUCGCUAAUAUUAUUGAGUGCAAAUAUCGCCUUUCCGGUGACGUCAAGGCUGAGAGGCAGAAGCUUGACCGCGAGCUAUGGGUGAAUGCAAGCAAGGUGCUUGUAGUUGAAUAUGACCACCACAACAGCAGAGAGACUUACUUGGACAAAGACAAUCAAGCCCUUCUCUCCGUCCGCUUUGACGCAGCCGGACAACCAACGUCUUGGGACCCGACAGAACACGGCCAGGCCUUCAACAUCAGUUACGAUCGAUUCAACCGUCUGGACGGAUGGACAUGGGGUGACUUGUCGGAAAAGUAUCAGUAUGACAGACACGGCCUGCUCUCGGAAGUGGUCAAUAGCAAAUCAGAGUCAACCACCUACACAUACAACGAGCUGAAAAUGGUAUCGAGAGUGACUUUGCCCAGCGGCCGCAGAUUUACCCUCCAGUAUGACCAACAAGGCGGCCUAAAACAAAUCACUCUGCCCAGCGAGACCAAGCAUAUUUUCUCAGCUCAACAGUCGUUUGGUUUCAUGCGCCUCAGCUACACCCCGCCUGGCAGCCAAAGACCCUACCUGCAGCACUUCAGCCACUCUGGCAAGUUGAUGCAGACGGUUUUGCCGGGAGAAGGUGCACGAGUAUUGUACAGAUAUGAUAAUGCUGGAAGAGUUUCUGAGGUGCUGCAUGGUGAUGGAAAGACACAGAUCAGCUACUCAAGCUCAGGCUUCCCGAGCGAAAUUGUCCACAACGAGAGAAAUGACUUUGAAUACCGCAGAGACUCUCAAUAUGUGAAAGGUCUCUUGACAGAGGAGCGAUACGACUUUGGAGCCAAGACUGGAUUGAGCAACGCCAAGUUCACCUACGAGUUUGACGCCAACAUGCGACUCAUUGGAGUUCAGGGCCGAAUCGGAGGCCAAACUCUGCCCGACCUUGUCCAAUCUUACAGCAGCAAGACUGGCAAACCCGAAACAAUUGGCCAAUUCACCCUCAGCCAACCCAAACCAAACAAGACUGAACUCACAGACGGGACUGCAACCUUUUCUCGAUACCUGGAUAGUCACUUUAGAGAGGCAAAGGUUUCACUCAAUAUCCAUGGAAUCGAAGUGAUUCGUACAGAGUUUGGCUACGCUCAGAGCCGCAAAAUUGCACAAACCAGAACCUUCACGCGUCAGGGUGUUGGAGUUAACACCUACACCAACAUUAAGAACUUCACCUAUGACCCUGACGGCCAGUUGCGCGGCGUCGAAGGUCAGGAGCCGUGGAGCUUCCGUUACGAUGACAAUGGAAAUUUGCUUUCGCUCACCUACCGAGGAAACGUCAUUCCCAUGGAGUACAAUGCUCUGGAUAGGAUUGUCAAAUUUGGUGAGGGCACCUACAGGUACGAUAGCCGUGGCCUGGUGGUGCAGAACGCCAGGGAUGAGCACUUCCAGUACAACGCCAAAGGUCUGCUCGUCCGCGCCAGCAAGAAGGGCAGAUUUGACAUUCGAUACUUCUAUGACCACAUGGACAGACUAUCCACUAGGAAGGACAACUACGGAAAUGUCACUCAGUUCUUUUACACAAAUCAAGAUAGGCCUGAUGAGGUGAGCCAGAUCUACAGUCCGAGGGAUGGAAAACUGAUGUCGCUGGUUUACGACGAUCGCGGCCACUUGAUUUACGCCCAAGUGUACAGGAGUAGAUAUUAUGUGGCCACAGACCAGUGUGGCACUCCAAUCAUGAUGUUCAAUCAGUACGGAGAGGGAAUAAGGGAAAUAAUGCGAUCGCCCUUUGGCCACAUAGUGUAUGACUCGAAUCCAUACCUUUACAUGCCAAUCGAUUUUUGCGGUGGCAUCCUGGAUAAGGUCACGUCUCUGGUGCACAUGCCUGGCGCUCGAGGCGGAGUUUACGAUCCGCUCAUUGGUCAAUGGAUGACCCCGAGAUGGGAAGGAGUUCUGGACAGGAUAAACACGCCGUCUAGACUUCACCUGUACCGCUUCAAUGGCAACGAUCCCAUCAAUGCUGGACGGGACCAAAAUAUGCCUGACAACGCUCGAAAACUCAUGACAGAACACAAUCACUGGCUGAAGUUGAUGGGCCACGACCUGAAGAGUUUGGCUCCUCAGCUUUUCCCAUCAGACAUCCACGGCUUCCCCUCUGCAAGCAGCGACCUUUUCUCCAACUGGCCUGCACCACCUGUGCAGCCAUCAACCCUGGCAGGAUCGAUUCAGGUUGGAGUGACGCCACUGAGCGCCAAAAUUGGUCUCUUGUCGCACCUGCAAGAGCGCAAGUACAGUUCCAACAUGCUCUCCUCUCUUUUGCACUCGGCCAUCCAGAAAGACCCUUGGCCACCUCUGCCAGUCAAGGUGACCAUGGCGGACCCUCCCUUCGGAAAGGGCAUCCUCGUUUCCCGUGCCGGCAGUCAGGCCGUGGUCAGCAGCGUCCAGGCCGCCAAUUCCAUCUACAGGGACGUGUUCACUUCGGUGUUCAACCAGUCGCUGAUGCUUGACUUCACCCUGCUGGUGCACUCGCAGGACGCGUUCUACUUUGUUAAAGAGGACAUGUGGCGAGCGUCCGAGGACCAUAGCCAAAUCAAGAGACUGGGCAACCAGGUCAACCUGACCUUCCACGAAAAAGACUCGUCCACCGAGGGCAUCUCGGGUGGCAAAGUAAUCGACCUGAAAAUCCACAGCCCGAGCGCUGUUGUCAAUUUAAGGUAUGGCACUUCGGCUGGUAGAGAAAAGCAGCGGCUAUUGCACCAUGCGCGUGGCCUGGCCAUCCGCAAAGCGUGGCACCGCGAAAAGGAGCUUCUGAAGAACGGCGUAUCUGGCAGCAUAGAUUGGACGCCGGCUGAGGUGGAAGAGAUUUUGCAAACAGGCAGCGCGACCACCUACGAAGGCGAGUACACGCAUGACGUGCAAAAGUACCCCGAGCUGGCAGAAGACCCGUUCAACGUGCGCUUUGUGAAGAAAGCGGAGCGCUCGAAAAAGGGCCGCAAGAAGCGCUCAAGUUUGGACAACGGCAUCUGGACAACAAGCAGCAAACUGUGCUCGCCCCGCUGGUGGCUGCCCUGGAGGGUGGACACCGCGUGCUAAAGGUGUCCACUCGUCAAGAUAGUUUUUCAAUUCGACAAUACAGGUACUUUCCCUCUACUCCAGUGGUGGACUACUUGGAUCGAGCGAAAGUGGAAGUUUCAUCCACCGAGCCGAAAGAAAGAAAGAAAAAAAAAUUGUGGGAUUUUCAAGCCAGCGCUAUCCUAACAAAAUAAUUGUUGCAUUAUUCUUGUUAGAUUUUCAAAGAUGCCAAAAAUUAUAAAAAGAUAAAACACUCUACGAGACGAUUAGGAUUUAGGGAGGGGUGGAAGGAAAAAUAAUGUGAUGUUGAGUCGCGCGCGCAUUACGAUAUGAUAUCAAGAGAAAAACAAGUGCUUAAUUUUGUUCGAGAAGAUUGAAGCACGUCGGUGUGUCCUGAUAUUAAAUAACGACUGAUAAAAUUAAUAUUCCAAGCAUUUUCAGAAUUUAAGACGGAAAUUUUUUAUCUUGAAAUCAUUUUGUUUUGGCACAGAAUUUAUUUAUUGAAAAAGGAAAGCAAAAUUUUCUUUGUAAAUUUUUGAGAAAAAAAACUCAUCCAGUAAUUUGUAAGUCUUUACGUGAGAUAAAAUGGGUGCUAUUAAUCUCGUAAAAUUUAUUUCCAAAAUAAUAGGCGAACCCAUUCCGAAAAAAAUCUUCCUUGCCGCACAGUAAAAUUCAUUGUUAUCCCUUCAGUCAGCCGCACGCGCAGUUUGAUUUUUGUAAAGUAGUGGCAACAAAAGAAUACUCGGAGAUUGAUUGAUGUAGAAAACUUUUGUGUUUAAUUAUAAUGAUUGCUGUAAAAUCAGUGUGCUUGAAUGUACCAUGAUUGUGAAAGCCAUCAUUUUGCAACACACACGAGAUUGAAGUGAAAUACACUGAUCGUUCCAUCAGCUUGCAUAUAUUUGUAUACCUCUCGCUCCAUUCAACCAAACGAUCCUCCAUUUACAAGUAUAGCAAAACAUACACAUACAAUAUGCAUUUAUUCUACAUUUUUCAUUAAAAAGAAAGAAGAAAACGCUUCAAUUACAAAGCAGUGAAAAUCGAUGUAAAUCUCUUAUCACUCUGCACUCUGCAUAGGAAUUAUUUUUCUGUGGCUCGUAACCUUUCACGCCACUUAAAAGAUGUGCUUUAACCGCACACAUAUAUUUUUUGUUACUCUCUACUUUUCUUCCAAUUCAAUUUUAAAAACUUAAUUGAUGAAAUUUGUUUAAAAGGUCGAAAUAUAAUAUUUUUUCGAUUUGCCUUAUUAAUCAUACACACACGCAUCAGUAGGACGAAAUGUUUUUUGAAAUGGAGUAUAAAGAAUUGUGUAUAUUAAAUAAAUAAUUCACAUUGCGCUUGAACUGUUUGAGCGUUGGGACUUCAGUGGCUAUUCAAUUAUCCAUAAACUAAAUGACCAAAAAUGUCCAUCUGUUUUUUUUUCCAUUUCACGUUCAAUUGAUGUAAUCGAAAUUAUUAUCAUUGUAGCUGGCCUAUUUGUACUGCAUUAUUGGAUUUUCAGUGUUUUUCAUCCACGGCGCCGGUCAAAUUCAUUUAAUGUUUACAAAAAGUGCAAGAGGAUGACGUUUGUAUAUUUUUUCGAGCCUGCAUAACAAGAUUUUGUGUAUAUGAAAAAAAACCAAAAGAAGAUUGAUCGUGUAAAUAUUUAUCGUAUUACAAAGAAAAUAAAUGCGCUCUGUCAACGAGAGGACUUUUCUCAAAUGGAAAAAAUAUUUCUAGAGCUCGAUGCGACAAAUCUCUCUAACUCUCAUCACCGAUCGUUCACCGAAUCAGGAAGAUUGAAAUGGAAUAUCGAGCAUUUCGUAUGUGAUGUAAUGCUGUGUGUUUACUUUUUUGCCCAUCAACAGAGAGCGGUCUCAAGAUUGAAAAUCGGUUCAAAUUUGAAACAAGGACUCGCGCGCAAAAUGUUGUGUCAAAAAUGGGCGCACAGUGUAAUAUUUGUAAGGUUAUAUUUAAAUUAACGCGCAUAUUUAGUGAUUAUAUUACAAAUCAUGCAUAUAUUAUUAUUAUUUUCUUGUUUUGAAACGGCUGACAAUUUUUUUCGAGAAGCGUUUCUGAAAAAUCGAUUCACGAAUAACAACACUCACGUCUCUGCACAAUAAAUUUAUUAUCUAGUCAUCAAAUGUUAAAUGCUAAUCUUAAAACUGCUGCUACACACUGACAAGAAGAGACUCUUUUGUUUUCAGUGAAAUUGUUAAAAUAAAACAAAAUUAAAAAAUAAACUCGAAAAAAUCUUCCUCUCAAAAUUAAACUGGGAAAUAUCAUGCAUAAUUCUUAGUGGUCAUUAAUUUUGUAAUAUGGUCAUGAUACGGACAUUUUGAAAGUCAGCCAAACAAAAAAAAGAGCAGAAGCAGAAAAUGUCCAACUAUGGUGUUUUAAUAAAUAAAA